AUUUUACUUUUUAUUCUCAUUUUCUUUCCGUCACAAUUUUUUAGAGAACCAGAUAUAGUCCCAUACCUUUUUUUUCCUUUGCUUAGUAUUUUGCCGGACCAAACAGAGCAUAAAAUUUGUAAAAAUAAAUUUGUUUUAAGCUGAUCAUCCUUGUUUUCGAUUGUUUUUUUUGGCGAAUAUUCUUAGUUUGACCAGAAACCUCUGGUCCUGAGACUCAGAAUGGAGAAAGGGGAAAACAAAAAAGGUGGGAGUGAGGCAAGAAGUUACCAGGAAAUUUCGUGGUGUAAAAUGGAAUGGAAACGUGGGAAGACUCAAGACACAGAGGCACAAAGUUUGGUAAAAAGAGACGGAAAGUUGCUGGAAACGUAAACGCACCUUCGUAAGAAGCUUCCUUUGAAUGGAGAAUUGAAGACGAUAUUCAUAUAUACCAGGCUAACUCAAAACACAGUAGUUAGGGUGAUUUCUGAGAUCGGAUAACCAGAAAUGGCGGGGACGUUGCCAGGAGUGGGGGUGGGUUCAAGGAGGAUGAGCCACCACCGCCACCGUCAAGAUGAUCCUCUUGUAUUCCGAGAACCACCCCCUCUCAGAGAACGCCUCCAACAUUCCACCACCGUCACCAUGGGUGAAACUGCUCUCAUGGCUCGCCAGAGGCUUGAUCGCAAGCUUGCCCACUACCGUGCCUCUUCCAGAUCAAGUAAACAAGGAGCAAAUGGAAGCAGGGAGAGCAACCAUAAAGAGCGCACAAAGAGAAAUAGCAGCAUAGGGUCAAAAAUAUUAGGGAGACCCUGGAAGCUGCAGCUCAACACUGGUAGUAAAUCAAAUGGGGAGAUGUGUAGUGUUUGCUUAGAAGAUUUCGAGGGAGAGCAACAGAUGAUGGAACUGUCCUGCUCCCACAAGUACCACUCCAACUGCCUCAUGCCCUGGCUUGCUUCUCAUCCCCACUGUCCCACCUGCCGCAACCCUGUUCAGUGCGCUUGAGUUUUUCCCCUGUAUUUUUAUCAAAAUAUUGGUGCGAAGUCCCUCCUCAAACCCUUUUUGAUCUCCUCUUACAUUUUUCUCCUAAUGUAUAAUCCGUUUGAGAAAGGGUUUAAAUCUCUUGUGUCGGGAGAGAAGGCCAUUGGACAGUGAUGAUGUCCCUUUCCUAUUUUCUCUCUGAAUGUACAUUGUUGGGCUCAGAAUUCUCAAAUUCAAUGGCGGAACCUGGCUUGUCGUCUUGCUUUA